UUACGCCGGAGUAUUAUCGGCUCACUCGUUUAUUUGUUGUAAAGAUCAUCAUCAUUGCAUGCUUAAGAAUGAAAAGUUUUGUUGUAAUUCCUCAGAAUAGCGAUUUUCCUAUUCAAAACCUACCUUACGGAAUUUUUUCAACGCAGGAAAACCCAAGAAAGAGAAUUGGAGUUGCCAUAGGUGAACAUACGCUUGACCUUGGGACCGUCAAACAAUUCUAUCCAACAAAAUAUCAUGAUGUGCUAUCUGCGCCAGUUCUCAACCCUCUCAUGUCUUUGGACACAGCGGCUUGGGAAGAGAUACGUAAUAUAACUCAAAAUCUGUUGCUAGAAGGAUCCGAGCUCCAUAACAACACUGAGUUGCAACAGACCGCUUUGGUGCCUUUAUCUUCGGUAACAAUGCAUUUACCCGCUGACAUAGGAGAUUAUACCGAUUUUUAUUCAUCCAUACAUCAUGCCACCAACGUAGGUGUAAUGUUUCGCGGAAAAGAUAAUGCUCUAAUGCCGAAUUGGAAACAUCUCCCGGUGGGAUACCACGGUAGGGCAAGCUCAGUAGUGAUUUCUGGAACACCUAUUCGGAGACCUCUUGGACAAACACUUCCUGUCGACGGUGCCGAUCCAGCAUUUGGUCCGUGUCGUUUAUUCGAUUUCGAGCUCGAAGUGGCUUUCUUCGUUGGAGGUCCCCCAACCGAACUCGGUGAGCGGGUUACUGUAGAUGACGCAGCUAAACGAGUAUUUGGAUUUGUCCUGAUGAACGACUGGAGUGCUCGUGAUAUUCAGAAAUGGGAGUAUGUUCCACUCGGGCCAUUCACAGCAAAAAAUCUCGGAACUACUAUAUCUCCCUGGGUAGUACCAGUGGCAGCGCUGGAACCAUUCAAAGUCGAUAACUUUCCACAGGAUCCAAAACCAUUUGCAUAUUUAAAUCACAAGCAGAAAUUCAACUUCGACAUAAAACUGGAAGUGGAUAUCAAACCUGCUAAGGGUGUUGCCACGACAGUAUGCCGUUCCAACUAUCGGAACCUGUACUGGACAGCUUUGCAGCAGAUUGCUCACCACACGGUGACUGGUUGCAAUCUCAGACCAGGUGACCUCAUGGCUUCGGGAACCAUAAGUGGAGAUUCAUCCGAUUCGUUUGGAUCUAUGUUGGAAUUGAGCUGGAAAGGUACAAAAGCAAUUAAUCUCCUUGGCGGAGAGUCAAGGAAGUUUAUACAAGACUAUGAUGAAGUUAUAAUUCGUGGUUUUUGUCAUAAUGACGAUCUUAGGAUUGGAUUCGGUUCUUGUAGUGGCGUUGUACUACCAGCCAAACUAAUGUAAUGUAGAGUUGUAAUUCAGAAGCAAAAGUUUUCA